GGUUCGUUAAUUUGGUGGCCUCCAACUUCUCCACUUGGCGAACCUUUAAUAGUAUAUAUUAAAUGUGAUAGAAAUUAUACACUUAACAUUAUUUCCGCCCAAGGUAGUAAUAAUACUGUUGCUAUAAUAUUAAAUUAUGACGGUAAACCUUGUCAAUUUACCUCAAGUGACAUUAUAGUUCCCUUAUUUAACGAAGUAAACAAUGAUUGUCAUUCUAAUAAAAUCGAUUCAAAUAUGACCUUUCCUGGUCUCGAGGCAACUAUAAAGAUUGAUAGUUCUACACCAACCAAUGUAGCUGCUGAGAUGCCUCCUAUUGAUAAUCAAGACCAAGAUAAUAGUAAUUCAAAACAUGGUAUAACUAAAGCCGUGUUGGAAAGCUUUCCUGUUUAUUUCUUUUCUUUACGAAAUAAUACUGAUCCUAAAAACUCUGAAAACUCUGAAAAAGAAGAAAAUAUUUCAAAUUUGGAUUCGGAAAAUUCGGAAUCUGAUCCUGACAAUAUUACUGUAGAUAAAAUCAGAAGAUUAUCUCCAAUAGAUGAGAAUUUUGAUGAUAUCGUUAUUAUAGUUAAUAAUGAUUCUACUCUUUCCCCUGAAAUUUCUUCUCCCAUAACUGAUGAUCAAUUGACUUGUCCGAUUUGUUUGGGUGAUUUUGAAUCUGGUGAAGAAUUAAGAAUCUUACCAUGCCAUCAUCAAUAUCAUAUUACAUGCAUUGAUCCGUGGCUUCUUGAUAUUUCUCCGUUGUGUCCAAUGUGCAAAGCUGAUUAUACUUCUUGGAAGAUUAAUUCUGUAACAACUAUAAAUGAUGUUGCUUCCAGAUCAUCAUUAUCAUUAGGUUCGGUUGGUAUUUUAAGCGAAGCAAUAGAUUCUGAUGUCACUACUACUACUCAAAAUGAAGGUGAAUCUUCAACUCAAACUUUUCCACAUUUCCGAUGGGCAAAAUACCUAAAAGCUAUUCGUCGUGGUCGACGUGUUGCACGUAAUAUACAAGUACAAUCAAGACUUUCUGUUGGUGAUAUAUUAUCCUCACCUCAGUCUAAUCAUAAUACUAGUAGAAGUAAUUUAUCGAUCGAUAAUGGUGAAGAGUCUAGAGUAAGGC